AUGUUCACAUACAUAUCAGUCAGGAUUAAACCAAUCAUUAACAGAUUCCUUUCUAAUGCUAUCACAUCAUACAGGAAGGGCAGAAAUACUACGGAGUUGACCAUGGCACUUAAGGUCAUUCUGGAAAAGGCCAGAAUGCAUAAACCCCCCAUCUUUGCCCUGAUGAUUGAUUUAAGUCAAGCCUUUGACUCCAUAAUUCAGAAUAAGAUAUGGCCCUUGCUGGAAAACAUUGGAAUAGAUAAACAUCUGAUAGCGCUAAUUAAGAUAAUUUACGACAAUCUUAGCGUAGUUCCUCAGCAUUUAAAUAUGAAGUCGCAACCUUUUAAAGCAAAUAGAGGCCUCAAACAAGGAUGCAUCCUUUCACCGAUUAUUUUUAAUGAAUAUGCACUCAACACAUAUAACAGUGAGCAACAACACCUCAAUGAUAUGCACAACUCUUUAAACUUUCUAUGUUAUGCUGACGACGUAUGUAUUCUAGCCAACUCAGAAUACAAAUUAAGAAAUAUUUUAUCAUUAUUUGUCAACAACUGUGAUGGAUAUGGUCUAAGAGGUAAUACGAUAGAAUUAGUGUCAGAUUUUAAAUACCUAGGAACCAGGAUAACGUCAUUAGGCCUCACCUUUUUAGAUACGAAAUCGAGAACGAAUAAUGCUAGACUCCGCUAUCAUCAACUGUCGAAAUUAUGGUCAUCCAACCAUAUAUCAACUAAUUUAAAAAUAAGACUCUUCAAGUCCCUAAUUGUACCCAUUUUUACCUACGGCCUGGAGACUUGGCAAGACUCAAAAAGUAACAUCAGCACAAUUCAGACUUUUAUAAACAAAUGCCUUAGAAGAAUCACCAAAACGUAUUACCCAUACAACACAUCAAAUACAACGCUCUGGAAUAGAUGCGACAUCCUACCAAUCAAUCGUCUCAUACCCAUGAGGAGACUAGAAUUACUAGGCCAUAGCUUAAGACACUCGCAGGAAAAUAUGAUAUUCUCGUCCUUGAAAUGGUGCCCUGACGGUAGGAGGAAAACCCCUAAAUACUAUUGGUUGGCGAAAUGUUUGAAAGAUAUGGACCUGAUUAACCUCUCGUUUGCAGAUUUCAUGGCACUUAGCAAAAACAAGAAACACCUAAAGGAACAUUUACAAUACAUGCUAAAAUAUGGCCUAAAAUAA